UCAGCACUGAGAGCCUCCCAGUAGCUCCCUCCUCCCCAGCUCCAGCGGGCCUCCCAGACUCCUUGGGGAGACCAGAGAGGCUGGGAUUUCCCUAGGACCUGCCUGGCCCAGCACCCGCCCAGCACCUGGCAGGGGAGGGAGCUGGGGAGCUGACAGAAGAGAAAAUUCCCCUGGAACCGGUUUCUCUGCUUCCUGGCCCAGCUGGGGCACCCACCCCAGGGAGAGGCCAAGGCCAAAGACCCGGGCCACCAUGGCCUCAGCCCUAAGCCCACCCCGGGUCCCCAAACCCAAAGGCGCUCUACCUUCACACUACUACGAGAACUUUCUGGAGAAGAAGGGACCCUGUGACCGGGAUUACAAGAAAUUCUGGGCAGGCCUCAAGGGUUGCACUCUCUAUUUCUAUAAUAGCAAUCGGGACUCCCAGGUAAGGAGGGGAAUGAGCUGGUCGCCCCCCCCUCCCCACCCCCCUCCUUUAACCUCAGGGACCAAGCAUAGAGGGCGGGUGUUUCGGCCAAGCCAGAGGGCCUGGGGAGCCACAAGCCUGGUGCUCAGACCCCUGCUUCCGGAUCCGCAGCACGUGGAGAAGUUAGACCUAACGGCACUUGUGAAGCUCACAGAUGACCCACCCUGGGGAAGCUCCCGAGACCCAGGCAUCCAUUUCAGCCUGGUCCUCCGGAACCAGGAGAUCAGGUUCAAGGUAGAGAGCCUGGAGUCUCGGGAGAUGUGGAAAGGCUUCAUCCUGACGGUGGUAGAGCUCCGCAUCCCGUCCAACCUGACCCUGCUGCCCGGACACCUGUACAUGAUGGCCGAGGCCCUGGCCAAAGAGGAGGCGCGCCGCGCGCUCGAGGUGCCCUCCUGCUUCCUGAAGGUGAGCCGGCUGGAGGCGCAGCUGCUCCUGGAGCGCUACCCCGAGUGCGGAAACCUGCUGCUGCGGCCCAGCGGGGACGGAACGGGCGGCGUGUCGGUCACCACGCGCCAGACGCUCAAUGGGUCGUCGGUGGUCCGGCACUACAAGGUGAAGCACGAGGGCCCCAAGUAUGUGAUCGACGUGGAGGAGCCGUUCUCCUGCGACUCACUCGACGCAGUGGUCAACUAUUUCGUGACACGCACCAAGAAAUCGCUGGUGCCCUUCCUGCCAGACGAGGACUAUGAGAAGGUGCUAGGCUACUUGGAGGCGGAUAACGAGAACGGCGAGAGUGUGUGGGUGGCACGCGAGGCCCCCGCGCCCCGAGGCCCAGGUCCCGCACCCCCCUCGGGUGGCCCCAGGCAGCUGCCUCCCGUGCCCGUCACACCCGUGUCGAGCCCGAACAAGCUCACCCCACUCCCGAACGAGGAUGAGAACUACGUGAUCCCCAUCGCACACGCCCCAGCCGCCACCUACGUGAACGGGGACGUGACUUCCCCUAGUUGGCCGGUCAUCCGGAAGCUCAAGAAGGUGGCAAAGGUUCAGGCAAAGCCUCCAAAGCUGCCAAAGCCACCUGUUGCGCCCAAGCCAGAGCCCCAAGGCCUCAACGGCGGCCUGGCCAAGAAACCGGCGGGCAACUCAGCGCAGGCUUUCUUCCCCGCGACAGGCCUGGCGGAUUUGACCGCCGAGCUGGAAGAGAAACUGCGGAGGAGACGGGCGCCGGAACACUCGGCCAGACACGCUGGGGACCUGUGAGCCAGAGAGGCAGACCCCCCCCUCCCAGAAUAAAAGCUCAAGUGAC